CAGAGUUCCCAAGCAGCAGCAUUCUUACCCUCGCUACACUUUACCUUCCAAGUUAAUCCUUGAUUGCAAAGCAUAGACCACCAUCACAUCACCAUGCAUUUCCUCUCUGAGUCCACCGUUCUGCUCACCCUCGCUUCCUCCAUCUUCGCCGCACCGCUCGCCGUCCGCACACAGAACGAGGUCCAAAUCACCUUCCUCGGCGCCGCAGAUGCGCAGUUCACCCAGAGCCUCCCCACCGAUGGCUCCACCGUCGCUAUCGCCAACCCCCUGAGCAUCUCGCACAUCGCCUCCAGCACCGCAGGCGUCACCUGCACCUUCAUCGGCAUCGACCACUCCAGCACGACCGUCAGCGGCGUAGCAACCGUGGACGUGGGCCCCCCUCAGACCCAGACCCAGGGCUCGUGCACCGUCGACGGGGGCUCCGGCUCCACCCCGACCCCGGAGCCCUCCACCCCCAGCACCCCCUCCGGAGGCCAGGGCUCAGCAGUCACAAUCACCUUCCAAGGCGCCGCGGACGCGCAAUUCUCGCAGUCGUUCCCACUCGACGGCACCUCGACGGCCAUCACCAACCCGCUUAGCAUCUCGCACAUCGUCUCCAGCACCGGCAAUGUGCGCUGCACGUUCAACGGCAUCGACCACAGCGUCACCGCCGUCAGUGGCGUGCAGACCGUGGAUGUCGGGCCGCCCCAGACGCAGGUGAAUGGGGCUUGCACUGCUGCUUAG